UGAAGUUGUAGCUAAAUGUGUCUAAAUGAAUGCAAAUAAUAUAAAUAUUUUCAUUGCCACACUCUUCAAAACAAAUGGAAAAAACUGAGUCAAUUUUCGUAAUAGCAUACACAAACGAAUAUUAUCGUCAAAUCAACAAACUUGAGCAAUGAUUUUGCUUGUAUAAAUCAAUGUGCAAUUCACAUUUCUAAUUGAGAAAGUGUCAAAGUGUUUCUUUUCUGUUUUGUAUUGUUUUGUGUGACGAGACGGUGCGAUUUUGUUUCCUUAUGUCGUGUGUGAUUAGUUUCGUUUGAUAAACAAAGAAAACCAACAACAGCCACCACAAAAAAAAGUAGCAAUCAUUUUUGUUGGACGUUUGGGAUCGGAACACGUUUUAGUACGAUUUAAUUUAGAACGGCUACGUUCGGCUGUGUUGUAUGCGUGUGUCGGGGCGGCCAGUUGCAGCUAACAAAACAUGGAUUCCCAUCAAAAUAGCAGCAUUGUGCAUGUGGGCGAAUAUGAAUACAACACAAGGGAUUUAAUUGGACAUGGAGCCUUUGCCGUUGUCUUCAAAGGCCGUCAACGAAAGCCACCCAACAAAAUUGUCGCUAUAAAGAGUAUCACAAAGAAGAAUAUCGCAAAAUCACAGACAUUAUUGACAAAAGAAAUAAAAAUAUUGAAAGAAUUGACCGCAUUACAACAUGAAAACGUUGUCAAGCUGUAUGAUUGCAAAGAGACACCGACAUCCGUGUCGCUUGUCAUGGAGUACUGCAAUGGAGGUGAUUUGGCUGAUUACCUCACAACGAAGGGAACUCUUAGCGAGGAUACGAUUCGGCUGUUUUUACGUCAACUCGCCGGUGCGAUGGAGGCUCUUUACAACAAAGGAAUCAUACAUCGUGACUUAAAACCGCAAAACAUUCUGUUAGCUCAUAAUUGUGGCAAAACGUUGCCAGCACCAUCAAAGAUUGUUUUGAAAAUUGCCGACUUUGGUUUCGCACGAUUCCUGCAGGAUGGAAAUAUGGCAGCCACACUUUGUGGAUCUCCUAUGUAUAUGGCGCCCGAAGUCAUUAUGUCGCUGCAUUAUGAUAACAAAGCUGAUUUAUGGUCCGUCGGUACCAUCAUUUUCCAAUGUUUAACCGGAAAGGCACCAUUUCAAGCACACACUCCACAAGAGCUUAAAAUGUUCUACGAAAAAACUCCAAACCUUGCACCAAAGAUCCCAUUAGGAACGUCACCAGAACUUAGUAAUUUAUUAAUGGGACUUUUAAAAAGAAAUGCCGCCGAUCGCAUAUCGUUUGAGGAUUAUUUCAAUCAUCCGUUUAUGAAUAAGGUUCAAACGCGGUCUGCACAAGCGCCAAUCGAACAACCCGCAUUCAUGGUCGGCGACACAUUUACACCGCCCAAAACUCCAAGCCCCACACAAAUGAAAACAUUGGUUGCGACUGAGGAUUCCAAUAUAACAAUUGCCGAAAAUAGCACACAUAGCGAGUCAAGUAGUCCAGAUAAUACGAACUCUGAUGACUUUGUCCUAGUUCCAACCAAUUUACCGACAGAUCCAACAAUACUAAACUAUGAACGAAACCAAAACACAAGAGCGCCACCAACAUCAGUGCAACAAUCACCGGACAAUGCUAAGAGAGCUUCGCCGACAUGGACCACAGCCGAUACACAAUCUAGGCCUAGUAGUUUGAAAAUUUCUGAACCGAAGCCGGUGCCAUUGCCAUCGAGUGUACGGCGUGCAAUCAAACCAGCAUCUUUACCGCAAAAGAGCACUUCGAAUGUAAUCCCCCGUUCGCAACCGAUCAGUAUGAAACGGUCCGACCAACGCAAUAGUAAUGAUCCCAACAAUGUGAACAGUACAGCAGCAACAGCACCGUCUGCCAUUAAUAUAAGCUCGAUAUCGCCGCCAGCCGUUCAAUUUGCGAUCGGUUCACCACCGUUGGGCAGUCGUCGGUCAGCGUCUGGCGGAUCAUUGUCUGAAUCACCACCGGUAGCCCCAUAUCUAUGGCAAAUCAGUCCCACGACACAACAAUCGCCUCCGAUCAGACAAUCCUCGUCCACGCAACUAUUACAACAAGCCGGUGAAAUAUCACGACAUUUAGCUAGUGAGGCCUUAGCAGAUCACGCUUUUCAAUGUGCCACAGGCAUGUGGAAUGUACCGUGUACGUUCAAUGCCCCGGAUUUACCAGUUGAAACUCUUUUGGAUCGGACUCAUAAUGAAACUUUGGCUAAAUUAAACUUUGUUAUCGCACUAUGUGAUUGCAUUGUUGAAGUGGCUGACGCUAAAUGUGCUCCACUCUCCGCACUCAUGUCUGCCGAAGCUAAUUCAAUGGCUCCGCAUGCACCGGAAAACUGUAAACGGUCCGAACGCUUAGUUUUAUUAGUGAGAGCCCUGCAAUUGCUAUCAUCCGGGUUAAAUUUAGCCAUAAAACAAAUAACCGACGGUAAUCUUAAGCCUUCCGAUAAUGUGAAAAAUGUUAUCACAUCAAUGAACUCAAAAUACAAAAUGAUCUUGAUGGAAUCGAAAAAAUUGAAUGGCUCUGGUUUGCUGCAAAAAGCCAAUGCUAAUAAUAUUACCGCCGAUAAAAUCUUGUAUGAAUAUGCGAUUCAGAUGUGUCAAUCAGCUGCGUUAGAUGAAUUAUUUGGCAAGCCCGGAGUUUGCUUUCCACGAUAUCAAACGGCGCAAAUUUUAUUCCAUUCGUUGGCUCAACAGACCGACCAUCCGCAAGAUAAAAAUAUUUUAGGAAAAUAUAAAGAAGCAGUCGAAAAGCGUUUAUUUGUCCUACAAAAACAAGGGCACAACAUUUACACUAAAACCAAUGACUUUUUCACGUAAAAAAAACGUUUCAGGAUUCAUUUCAGCAAAUGAGAAGAGUACGCAAUGUGAGCGAUCACAGACUAAAAACGGAUAUACUUCAUACCCAUACCAUAUAUUUAUAUGAAAUGAAAUAAAAAUACAAUUUAAAAAUUGUUCGCCAACCCAUGCGGCGUACACGUUAACAUUAAUGGUUUAUCUAUGUAAUACAUACACAAAGAGAGAAAAAAAAUGUAAAAUUUAGUGAAAACAAAAUUUAAAAAAAACUCAUACUGUAUAUGCUUAACAGCGUGGAUGCGUUCGUGCGACUGUUACAAUUAUCUUUCUGAUGGUAUGCAAAUACAUCAGCAUCUCAACAUCAUCAGCAGCCAAAACAAGAAAAUUAUCUCAGCUAUUGUCAAAACAAAGAGCAUAAUGUUUUUAUUUCGCUUCAUUGUAAUUGUCUCCCUGUCUCAACUCGAUUUGGCUCUAAAAUUAGCAUUUUACACGUGAAUUAACAUAAUAUUGCAUAGAAUCAAAGCAUCAGGAAAUGUAUCAAAGAAUCAUUUUUUUAUUAUAAUUUUUUGCAAAAAAAAGAAUGUAAAUGAAUAUAUGAAAUAAUAAAAGUAUCAACUCAACACCGAAAUGCCAUUUAAA